CCCAGCUCCGGUCCCGGCUUCUCCAGGGUUCCCUUUUGCUGCUUCUACGCCGCACUCCGCACAGUCUCUAGCGAUCCCUCCCUUCCUCCUCCAUGGCGUCGCUCCUGUGCUGUGGGCCUAAGCUGGCCGCCUGUGGCAUCGUCCUCAGCGCCUGGGGAGUGAUCAUGUUGAUAAUGCUCGGGAUAUUUUUCAAUGUCCAUUCUGCUGUGUUAAUUGAGGAUGUCCCCUUCACAGAGAAAGAUUUUGAGAACGGCCCUCAGAACAUAUACAACCUGUACGAGCAAGUCAGCUACAACUGUUUCAUCGCCGCGGGCCUCUACCUCCUCCUCGGGGGCUUCUCCUUCUGCCAAGUUCGUCUCAAUAAGCGCAAGGAAUACAUGGUGCGCUAGAGCGCAGUCCGACUCUCCCCAUUCCCCUCCUUAUUUAAAGACUCCUCAGUCCAUCUGUUCCACUCAUCUGGUGUCCUUUGGGACUGUUACCCUGGCGAGACGUCAUCCCUGGCCCUGCAAAACUGCUGCCCAACCCCUGGAGGGGACCGGGGGUGACCGCGCCCUGUCCUGAACUACAAUAAAAAGAAGCGGUUCUCCUAA